AUGACAAUCCAAGUCCUCACCUUUUUCUGCAGUAAGACCACGCAGCCGCUACUGCUGUUACGAGUAUACGAUGGGGUACUUGAUGGGAUCAUCUUGCAGGAGCAGAUUGUUGUUGGGAAAAAUGUGCGCGGCCGCACAGUGGACCGGCGUAAAGUGAUAAUGUCGUACUUUCGCGUUAGUCUGGUCAGUGAGUGCCUGAGUCACCACCGCCAGUGCCUGAGUCACCACCGCCCAGUGCCCGAGUGUGUCACCACCGCCAGUGCCCGAGUCACCACCGCCAUGAACUGCAGUCACCGCGCCCAGUUGCCCCGAGUCACCACCUGCCAGUGCCCGAGUCACCACCGCCAGUGCCCGAGUCUGUCACCACAGUGCCAGUGGCCUGAGUCACCACCGCCAGUGCAGAGUCACCAACCGCCAGUGCCCGAGUCACACCAACAGCCAGUGCCCGAGUCAACGAGUCCCACCACCGCAGUGCCCGAGUCAACAAAGCCCCGUGCCCGAGUCCUGAGUCCACCGCCAGUUCCCACCCCAGUGUCUCCGGAGUCCGCAGUGCCCGAGUCGCCAGUCAGUCGCCAGUGGUGGGUCCCACAGAGUGGGCCAGUGCCUGAGUCACCACCGCCAGUGCCCGAGUCACCACCGCCAGUGCCCGAGUCACCACCGCCAGUGCCCGAGUCACCACCGCCAGUGCCCGAGUCACCACCGCCAGUGCCUGAGUCACCACCGCCAGUGCCCGAGUCACCACCGCCAGUGCCCGAGUCACCACCGCCAGUUCCCGUGUCUCCACCGCCCGUACCGGAGUCACCGCCACUCUCCGGCGCAGUCGUCGUAGUCGUCGUGGUGGUAGUGGUGGUGGUAGUGCUGGAUGUCAACUCCUCCAGUUCACGGCUCAGUCGGUUCCUUUGGCCGGCCAUCGCCAAAGUAGAAACGAACAGACAAAAAGACAGCAGACUGAGGAAAACUAUGAUUUUGUUGUUCAACAUCCAUCCCACGGUCCUCUCUAGG